AUGCAAUAAAAUAACAGUGCAAUUAAACAUCUCAUUAAACCAUUUUCUUUUGAAUUCCCCCAAUUAGAAUAAUUUAGUCCACUAUUUUUAAACAAUCUUAAUUAGGAUUACAUAAUAACAAAUCUACAAUUUAUCAUGUCUCUAUAUUCUUUAAGGGAUAUUAUUUGGACUAUUACUCAAGAACUUUGUUGA